CUCCACACUACCGAAACUGCUUACCGUUGUUUGUCUUUGCCUCGGGGAUGAUUCAUUGACCCCAGACGUCCCCUUCUGCAUAAAUAUCAUGCCCUAAGAGCCUUUGGUGUUCAUGGUUUUCGAAUCCUGAAGUCAACUUGAGUGUUCAUUAUAUACAUACCUCCUUUUAUCCCUGAUUGUGAUCGACAUUGUACUCUUGGCCCGUACUGUCGGAGCCUUUUCCAUACCUUUUGACACCUCCUAUACCUUAUACUCUCCGCAUCAUGCUUGUCACUCUCGAGAACGUCCCGUUCAUCCUCCUAGCCCUGCUUGGCGCCUAUUACUUGGUGCCGUACCUCCAGCGGUCGCACUUGCGGGACAUCCCUGCUCCUAGCUUUGCUGCCUUCACCAACUUUUGGUUGCUGCUGCAGGCCCGUCAAGGCCACAAGUUCCAGCGAGUCGACGACCUCCACAAGAAGCACGGCAAGCUCGUGCGUAUUUCGCCCACGCAGGUUUCCAUUGCCGAUGACCAGGCAAUCCAGAGCAUCUAUGGACACGGUAACGGCUUCUUGAAGGCUGACUUCUACGAUGCCUUCGUUUCUAUCCGCCGUGGUUUGUUCAACACCCGUGACCGUGCCGAGCAUACCCGCAAGCGCAAGACUGUCUCCCACACCUUCAGUGCCAAGUCCAUUGGCCAAUUUGAGCAAUACAUCCAUGGCAACAUUGAGGAGUUUGUCAAGCAGUGGCAAAAGCUCUCUGACCUUCAGGGAAACCCCAAGACUGGCUAUGCUAGCCUUGACGCCCUGAACUGGUUCAACUUCCUGGCCUUUGAUAUCAUCGGUGACCUGGCUUUCGGUGCUCCUUUUGGCAUGCUCGAGAAGGGUCAGGAUAUUGCCGAGAUGCGCAUGCACCCCAAAGACCCUCCCAAGUAUGUCGCCGCUGUCGAGGUUCUGAACCGCCGUGGUGAAGUCUCUGCUACCCUGGGUUGCAUGCCUUCCCUCAUCCCCUUCGCCAAGUACAUCCCCGACAAGUUCUUCAGCGAGGGUUUGCAGGCUGUUGAGAACCUUGCCGGUAUCGCCAUCGCCCGUGUCAACGAACGUACCAAGCCCGAAGUCAUUGCCAACAACACCCGUGUCGAUCUGCUCGCCCGCCUGAUGGAAGGCAAGGACGGAAAUGGUAACAACCUUGGUGGCCCUGAGUUGACCGCCGAGGCUCUCACCCAACUGAUUGCUGGCUCCGAUACUACCUCCAACACCGCCUGUGCAAUCCUGUACUGGUGUAUGAGUACCCCCGGUGUUAUCCCCAAGCUGCACAAGGUCCUCGACGAGGGUAUCCCCAAAGACAUGGAGGUUCCCACCCACGCUAUGGUCAAGGAUCUUCCCUAUCUCCAAUGGGUCAUCUGGGAAACCAUGCGUAUCCACAGCACCUCCGCCAUGGGUCUUCCCCGUGAAAUUCCCCGUGGCGCCCCCCUAUCGUCAUCGCUGGACACACCUUCAAGGCCGGCGACGUCCUCUCAGUGCCCAGCUACACCAUCCACCGCUCAAAGGAGAUCUGGGGACCUGACGCCGAGCAGUUCGUCCCCGAGCGCUGGAGCCCCGAGCGCCUCACCCCCCGCCAAAAGGCCGCCUUCAUCCCCUUUAGCCACGGACCCCGCGCAUGUGUCGGUCGCAAUGUCGCUGAGAUGGAACUCCUCGUCAUAGUCGCGACUGUCUUCCGCCUCUUCGAAUUCGAGAUGCAGCAGGACGGACCCAUGGAAACCCGCGAAGGUUUCCUGCGCAAGCCUCUUGGUCUUCAAGUUGGUAUGCGCCGCCGCAGAAUCGCUGUUUAAACUCUUACCUUCUCUUGGGAGAGUUAGCAUGCAUUAAAAAAAGGAUUGGACCUAGGGUGGAAUUGGAUCUUGGAUGAUCCGAACGAAUAUGGGUAUGAAUCUGGACAUGCUGGUAUCAUUCUAUGUCACGAUUCGAUGAAUCGGUUUGUGGUAUGGCGUUUAUCCUUCGAGUAGACGGUUAUAUGCACUGCCGCUGAUGAA